AUGGGGCUGGGUGAAAGGUAUUGGAAGUGGUGCAUCGCCCCAACAGCAUCAUCAUCCAUGGGUGUGGCGGCUCGUCCAGACAUGGAACGAGGGCGUCGAGAGGCCGAGUAUCGUGAGUGGGAGAUGGCUCGACGGAUGCAGAUGAUGGAAAUAGAGAACGCGCAAUUGAGAGACACGGUUCAGGAGAGUAUUGAUGAGCUGAAACACAAGCUUCUGUGCACCACCUUUGAGUUAGAAACAAUAAGAACAGAAGCCCAAGCAGAGAUGAGAAAAAGCAAGGAGAACAUAAAUCAGUUACUCCAGCUCUUGGCCGUGGCCCGCCAGGAAAGAGAUGAAGCAAGGGAUCAACUGCAGAAACUUAACCAGGCCUUGCCAUCGGCAUCAGCGAAAGCCUCCCGCCUGCUUCCGCAUACCCCGUCCGAAAGCCUCCCUCCAAGACCACCGAGAGCAAGCUCAAGCAUACCCAGCGGCUUACCCGAGACGUACAAUCCCCACUCAUAUGUUUCAUCCCCGCCAAAUUGCUUCUUCAACUCGGUUUCGUCUUCGAACUUCUCCAACAAGAACACCAUGUCAAAACUGCCUUUUGGUUCAGAAUACGGUAAUGGGUCUGUCCCGGUGAGCGAAGAUUACUCUGGAAAAGCCAUAGCCGAUCGUGCUUCCGCAACGAUUGAUGGUAUUGUUAAGGGAAAAUCGCUGCCUGAGAAAGGAAGACUGAUGCAGGCAGUGCUCGAGGCAGGGCCAUUGCUCGAGACACUUAUUCUUUCAGGGCCACUUCCUCAAUGGAGAACUCCACCGACAAUGCAGCAAAAAAUUCCAUCGAUCCCGAUCAAGGCAGUGGAUUGUUAUUCGCGGCUCGAUCAAAAGCUCGCGGGGGAUUCUAGUUUUAUGCCUCAAAACCCCUCUGUGAUUUCAUGCUUGGGUAUCUCUGAUACAUCUAAUUAUAGAUAA